AUGCAGCUUUCCAACGUCGCCUUAGCCUCCAUCGUCUCCGCCGCCGCCGCCGAGUCCACCAACACCUUCAUCUUCUCCAGAGACCACAACACCUACACCGUGACUCUCCAUGGCUCCAAGGCUGAACAUCUCACCACCACCCACAUGACCAUCGAACGUCCCCACCACACGCUCACCAAGACCUUCUUCACGUGGAUGGGCCCGGGCUCUGCACCCACCGACGUCGACUACGACACUGACAGUGACACUGAUUCCAGUGACAGUGACACCGACUCCGACUCGGACGACGACAUCACCACAGGCUCGUCCAAGACCUACAUCUUUUCGUACCCACACAACACGUACACCAAGACGCUCUACGGAGAAAAGGCCCAGCAUCUCACAACCACACACAUGACCAUCGAGAAGCCUAACCACACGCACACCAAGACCUUUUUUACUUGGAUGGGUCAGGGCGCCCAACCCAGCGGUAUCGAUGAGAUGAACUCGGAGAUGGACGGGUCCGACGGUGUUGCUGGUGCUGCUGUUGCCACGGACUCGGCUUCGUCCGGUUCGGGUUCGGCUUCUGCCUCUGGAUCCGCCAGAAUCACCUCUUCUGCGACUUCAGGUUCUUCAACCUCCAGUGGCUCCAACACUAGAUCCGCUUCUGGUUCCGCUUCCGGUUCCGCUUCCGGCUCGGCAUCGCUGGGCAGCGCUUCUAACUCGAGAUCCUCCGGUUCCUCAUCUGCUGCCUCUGGAUCUGCUGCCUCUGGAUCAGGUUCUGCCUCUGCUGCCAAUUCGGGAUCCUCGUCGGCCCCCUCGUCCUCCGCCUCAUCCUUCGACAACGCAGCAGGGUCUGUGGUCUUUGGCGCCGGCAGCUUGGCCGCUGGAAUUGCCGUUUUGCUUUUAUAA